AUGGCACCAAACCAGCUAUCCCACUGCUGCAUUACAGGCUCCCUACAUGAGGGUGAAGCCAAAGGAGAACUCAAAGACAUCCACAAUAUUUCAACCUACAUCGUCUAUCCACCAGACAAAUCCACCAAAAAAGCCAUUCUCAUAAUUACAGACGUAAUCGGCCACAAGUUCAUCAACGCCCAGCUCAUCGCCGACGAGUUCGCCGCAAAGGGCUACUUCGUCGUCAUGCCAGACAUGUUCAACGAAGACUCGGUACCCCUCAACCGACCAGAGGGGUUCAACAUCAUGGAUUGGGUAAAAAACCACUCACCCCUCCAGACAGAGCCUAUUAUCAACACGGUGCUCAAAGAGAUGCGUGAGAAACUGGGAUGCCAGCGAAUUGGAGGUGUGGGAUACUGUUUUGGUGGGAAAUAUGUUUGUCGGUAUCUUAGGCCUGGGCAGUUAGAUGUUGGGUAUAUUGCGCACCCGACUAUGUUGGAGGGGGAGGAGUUGAGAGGUAUUCAAGGGCCGUUGAGUAUUGCGGCUGCUGUUCGGGAUUUUGUCUUCGUUACAGCCAAGCGCCAUGAGAGCGAGGAGAUCUUGGACAACUUGGAGGUCCCUCAUCAGAUCAACCUGUUUUCUGAGGUGGAACAUGGAUUCGCUGUUCGUUGUGAUCUUUGUAAGCCUCGUCAGAAAUUUGCCAAAGAGCAAGCUUUUAAUCAGGCUGUUGCUUGGUUUCAUCACUAUCUUUAG